AAUCCUAGACCAGAUUAUAAAAUCACAAAGUCAUGGGAAAAUGAGCGUACACGUAAACAAGUUCACCUACACCAGCCAAUAAAUGGAACUGUAAAUGGAACAAUUAACACAGUUAACGGAACAAUAAGUGAAGGGGAAUUUUGCAAUGAAGAAGAAGAGAUCGAUAAAGAUGACGAUGAAGAUAACUAUGAAGAUGACGAUGAAUAUGAUAACAAAAAUAGUGACAAGGAUGAAAAGACCAGAAAGAGAAAGAAAUUAGAGAAAAAAUUGAUUGAAGAAGAUGUCUUGUAUAAUUGGAUAGCGACUCAACAUUCUGAAACACUUGCGCAUUCUUUUAUACUUGAUACAGACUGUCAAGAGGUUAUGGAUCUUUUUAGUUUAGAAGAAAAAGAAAUAAUUAUGAAUACUGAUAAAUCAUCUUUUUCAGAUGUUGUAGAUGAUGUUAAAAAUACAUCAUGA